AUGACAAAGAACUCCACACCGGUUGAGGACUGCAUGAUGACAGAGGAAUCUACAGCGGUUGAGGACUGCAUGAUAACCGAGGACUUUACACCGGUUGAGGACUGCAUGGAGACAAAAAACUCCACACCGGUUGAGGACGUAAUGAAAAUAGACAAAUCCACACCGGUUGGGGACUGCAUGAAGACAGAGGACUCCACACUGGUUGAGGACUUCAUGAAGACAGAUGAAUUCAUACCGAUUGAGGACUGCAUGAAAACAGAGGACUCCACAUCGGUUGAGGACUGCAUGAUGACAGAGGACUCCACACCGGUUCAGGACUGCAUUAUGACAGAGGACUCCACACCAGUUGAAGACUGCAUGAUGACAGAGGACUCCACACCGGUUGAAGACUGCAUGAUGACAGAGGACUCUACAGUGGUUGAAGACUGCAUGGAAACAAAAAACUCCACACCGGUUGAGGACGUAAUGAAAAUAGACAAAUCCACACCGGUUGGGGACUGCAUGAAGACAGAGGACUCCACACCGGUUGUUUACUUCAUAGAGACACAGCAUUUUGCACAAAGGUUGGGUUCCGCGUGA